AAAGUGUGUGUGGGUUUCAGUUUCAUUUAACAGAGAGAUAUGAUGAGAACAACUUUUCAAAGCAGGUAUACAGUUUGCUCUGAAGAGGAAUGAAGAUGACUACAUAUAGAGGAGUGAUGCAAUUCCUCUUCAGUGUUGGGAUCCUUUUUCAAGGGUGUGAUUCAGAUGUAAAAUGCAGGAAUGACAAUGGAGACGAGGUUGACUGGUAUAUUUUAUACAAGUUGCCCAAUGUGACAGGCCGUGGUUUGUCAUAUCUGUACAUGGAUAAGAGCACUAAUGGAUGGAAACUCAGCAAAGAGAACAUCAGCAGUAAAACUGGCACUCUGGCGAACACCCUGAAACCUCUUUUGGACUUCUAUGACAGAAAGAUUGAAGGCUUUGGAUACAUGCUCUAUAGUGAUCAACCUCCAAAUCAAAAGGCUCCAUCUGCAUCAUUUGGCCACAGUAAAGGAGUAGUGAUGUUGGACAGACAAACUGGAGUUUGGCUCUCACACAGUACACCAAAAUUUCCAACAUAUCGCAGUAAAGACUUCUGGCCAACAAGUGGAAACACUAAUGCUCAAACAUUUAUGUGCAUGACUUACUCCUAUGAUGACUUCAAGGAAAUAGGAUUGCAGCUCAUGUACAUCCAUACUUAUCCAUAUGACUCUGACAUACCGACAACCUUUCCAAAUGAGCUGAGAUGUGUUGCACAGCGAAACUGCUACCCAAAGAAGGGACCCUGGUUUAGAGAGACGUCACUGACCUCAGUGAAAGGACAUCAGUUCCACAGCUUUGCAAAAUACACACGUUUUGGGGACGAUCUUUAUUCUGGCCUUAUUGCAGAUAAACUGGAGAGGGCUCUGUAUGUCAAGAGCUGGGGAAAGAUGCAACGCCCCCUGCUCUCUAACUGCAGCAUCCCUCAUCAUGUGUCCAAUGUGAAGGAAGUGCAGCUCCCCGAAAUGCAGCCUUUCAGUUACACUGUAGAUCACUCCAAGUGGUGUGUGACACUCGGUGGUGGCUGGACCUGCAUUGCUGAUAUGAACAGGGAAGUGAGCCAGAUGGGCAGAGGUGGAGGAGCCAUAUGCACCAAAGAUGUUGCAGUUGGGAAUGCUUUCUAUACAUUGAUCACACAGUCUGAACCAUGUAAAAAGGCACAUACACAGGAGCUUUAAAGGCACAACCCUCAUUGAAAUGUGUUGUCAUGCUUUCACACAUAUUUUGGUGCAUGUUCACCCCUGUCUCUUUUAGUCUGCAUGAUGUAGUUUUAUUAAUUAAACACUGCAUUGUUUUUAUUUUUUAAAUCAUGUUUUAAGCAUUAAAAUAAAUAAACACAGCUGAAUGAUUACAUCAAUAUUAAAUUACAAAUUCCAUGUUACUCCAGGUGUUUUUCUGUUAUCAAGUGAUUAAUCCUUUUUCAGCCAUGGACAGAUUAAACUGUUUAGGGAACCCCUGGGUAAAAUGAACUGCUGGGCCCCCAUUAACUGUAAGUUUUAUCCAUGCUGGGAUACAAUCUGAGUCCACAUUAACUUCUGGCUAUAGAAACCAACCUGAAAUAAUGAAGGUCUUUUUAACCCUAACCCUUGACACAAGGAUCUACAAGGGCAGCUAUUGCACAUUGUAUGGAUACAAGUAAAGGCCCAUAUGAGGAAAAUGUCUAAAAUAGCAUAAAACAAAGAGUUUCAUUUUUGAUAUGUAACAACAAUGAUCAAGUUUGGAAAAUAAUUAAGUUGUAGCCUAUAAACACUGAUGGACAAAGUAAUCAUUUCCCUCAUUUAGUAGUAAGUAGUGGCUAAUGCUUACAUCUUUAUAGUUCUUCAAAUGCAGUGGAAACUUAAAAUGUUCUACAGGAAGCUAUAGUGUCUGUCCCUGAUUUAGACUUCUUAUGACUAUUUUGUUGCGAUUGAAGCAAAAAAGAGGACAAUGUAAAUAAACAACAACAAUAAAGAAGAGCAUGAGAAUUCCUUCAGUGUCAGUGUCCGAGGGAAAAGUUUUCACAACCCCCCCGCACAGCAUGAUUUCUAUCUACCUAAAUCUGAUGUGUUCAGCAAAUCAAGAGCUGAGAUGCACCAACUCUUGUACUUUGUUCUUCCAUGCUACAUACUAAUUGUUAGCUGGUUCUUAGUAUAUGGUGUGUUCAUACUAGAAAAGUGACAAAAUAAAGAACACUUACAGGAUUCUGGUAACAUGCAGUAAAAUAAGACUAAUUUGUCCUGGCUGUUUAUCUUGUAUCUAUAUAUUAUUGUUUGUCUGAUGAUAGUGUAGUUACUGCUGACUGUACAACAAAUUGCCCCACGGGGAUAAUAAAGAUAUCCUUGAUCCUU